CACGCCCUAGCCCCACUCGCCACAACCUCCACACGAACCACCGCUAGAUCUGAAAUCGUCGUCAGCUUUCGGAAUCCUAGCACUAAUAAUCACCGCCGUCGAUGUAGUGGAUGACAGGGAUGAAGCUAGCGAAAAACGAUGACGGCGAGGCGAGUCCAGGCGCCACGAUGUGCGACGAGUCGAAGCGCGACAGAGAUGUGGCGAGGCGCAACUAGGCUUGGCGAGGUGCGGCGUGGCGGUGAGGUGAGACGUGGUGGAGAGGUGUGGCAUGGCGGCAAGACACGGCAGGGCAAUAGAGACGGAGAGCACGAUGGGCAGGUUGGCGCAGCAAUGGAGGAGAGCUCGAUCAGUGAAGGGGGGUAAAAGAGAGAAGCGCAGAGGGUUGGGGCGGAUCGAUGGAUUGGGGGAGAGAUAAGGUCACUUUUGUGUCCAGCUUAAAAAUAGUAAUAUUUUUGUCUUCCCAAACUCUCUAAGUAAUACUUUUGUCAUUUUUUCAAAGAUCAAAUGUGAAAGUAAAUAAUAAGUGAAGAUUAAUUUAUGAAGGUGUUAAUAUUUUCAGGAUAAUUCAAAGAGUGUAUCUUAUCAAAUGGGACAGUAUUUUUUAAGUAAAUUAAUCAAGUCUAAAUUUUUUUGAAAUGGUUGAAGUUAGGUCAUAAUUAUUAUUUCAGUUUUAUUUCUCAAAUGUCAAUUAGUUGCCUCUCAAGUUUUGUUUCUAAAACUCGUUAGGCGUUAGUCGGGCGGUUGAGUGGCGCCUAGCGUCUAGGCGGCCGCCUAGGCCGAUUUUUUGGCCGACUAGUGUUCUACAGUUAGGGCCAACUAGGCCGAUUAAUCGGUCCGACCAGGCUGAUUUUUAGAAAAGAGAGUAUGAUCAAAGGUCAUGACAUCUUUCAUAAUGCGGUCGAACAAUGACAGUUGCAUGCGAAAGCGGCGCUAGAAUAAUCAUCCUUCGAGAGACUUCAUCCAGUUUCUCAACCACGGUUAAUGUGCUCACAUCUAUCAGAGAUCAUUGUAACAAAGGAAGUCAUCAUAGUCAUGCACACACGUUGAGAAUUGGCAUCAUCUUCUUCAUCUUUAUCAAUGGAUUCGUCUAAUCAACGAAAAGGACUCAUAAUUGACUUUUGAACUUGUUGCAAGUGAUUUGAAAAUGGAAAGAGUGAAAAUGAGUGGUAUGACACAAUAGAUUGAGAUGUUUUUAUUACAAGUGUAAAGAUUAAAGAUGAUCCAAUGUAAAAUGAAUGGAAACAAGUUUAUAAGAGAAUCUAAUGUUAAAUGAAUGAACACAUCCAGUGGAGAAGAGAAUUCAAUGUUAAAUGAAUGGACACAUCAAGUGGAGAAGAAAAUUCAAUGUAAAAUUAACGGACACAUUAAAUGGAGUAUAAAUCUGAUGCUUGGUCAUACAAAAUAAGUCCAUAUACUUAUUACAAGUGGAGAAAAGAAACUAAUUUGCAGUGAAUGAAUACGCCAAUAUUAUAGUACUAUCAUCACAGGUUGAGAUGGAGUAGGAAUUUAAUGUGAAUAGUCAUACAAAGUUGUUACAUACUACCUUCGUCUUAUUUCUGAUGUCUUCUUGUAGUAUGACACAAUCAUUAAUAAUGUAAUUGAAAAGUAAAAAAAAUUGUAAUUGAAUAAAGUGUAAUGGUAUGAAUAACAUAUUCAGUCAAAAAAUGAAACAUAUUACUCAUUUUAGAACAAUUCAAAAAGGAAAGUAAGAGUGUAAGACAAACAACAUGGGAUGGAGAGAGUAACUUUUGGCAACUGAAAAUGAGAACUCAAUGCGAAGUGAAAGAAUACAACAUUCACUUGAAUAUUGUUGCUACAAGUUCAAUUGCAUUAAGAUGGUGUGAAUGGUCAUAUAAAUUUCACACAAAGUUUUAUAAAUUUCACACAAAGUUUUGUUACAUGUUCGAAAGAGAGUGAGCGAUAACCAAAAUGUACUUGAAACAAUUUAAUUUUUAUAAUCACAAAAAGUAAAAAAGAUUAAUUUAACCAAAUUUCCAUUUUUUUAAAUCUAAAUGCACAUUUUAAAAUUUUAUAAUAGUUCAAAAAAAGUUAAAAACAUUAUAUAUAACAUAUUAAUGGUGCCAAAAUGCAGCAAAACUAUAUUGACGAAGUAGAUAUAUAUAGAGAAUCAGAUCAGAAUUGACCAAUACUUCAGAGCAGGCCUUGUAGCACACCAAUGUGUAGCAUGACACACCUGACCCCCCAAAACAUGGAUUUAUUUGUCCAAGAACUUGACUAGUUCACUCGUAGCCAUAAUGUCAUAACCAAGGUUGUUAAAAUCAUAUUCAGAAAUGAAAUCGGUAAAUCGUCAAAGAUAUACUACGAUCUACAUAUACCACAUAGUUUUCUUGAUUAGUGAUGGUCAUGUAUGACCAAUGAUAUUUGUUAAUACAAAUUAUUUAAAAUAUUAAAAUUAUAUGGAAAUAUACUUUGUUAGAAAUACUCUAAUAAGGGUAUAAAGUUUUAAAUUCAUACAAAUAUAGUAACUAAUGUCAUUGCUCAAAACUUAUAGAAAUUGAAGUUUUUUAGGGCAGAAGUGGUAUAAAAUAAAUAUACAUUAAAAGAAACCUACAAUUUAUUAAUAUUGAGUCAUCUCAUUACUUAAUAUUAUACAUAUGAUGUUUCAAAUAAGAUUUGUGUAAACUAUUUUUCUAUUUAAAUGAAUGGAAUAAUAAACAUUAAGGUAUUAGACAUGAUGGAGUAUAUGGCCCGGGGACAUCCGACCCACAGACUCCUGCUCCUCCUACACGGGCCCAUCAAGCCCAAUGAACACACAAAGACCCAACAAAGUGGCCCAAGCAUGAGGAAGCCCACGUCGCACAUGUAAAUGCCUUCAGCCCUAUGGUCGAAGGCUCCGAAUUGUAGAAGGCAACUUGAUAUGGACCUGCUACGCUUUUGAGCAUUUCUGGGCAAAAUGUUAGCCUUCAGUUAUUCCACACCCUCGGUAUAUAGCCUUUGGUUAUAUAUUGCCUUCGGUAUUCGUACCAUGCCCUCGGUAUUUCACACCUACGCCUUCGGCAUACAGCAGACUCGGCGAAGAUUCCUUUUAGAGACAAGCAACCACCGCAUUUAAUGCGGCGUCACGUCCAACCACCGCAUUUAAUGCGGUGCACAUGUCAAUGCUGGUGCCACCCCGAUUGAGAUGACCCUCGGCCGUCAGAUGUUUGACACGUGUCCUUGUCUAGCAUUUAUGGCUACUAUAAAUAGGAGCCACUUUCCAUUGUAACCAAAUACUCGAAUACACUCUCUCUCUCUUACUUGUUGCUCUGGCUUCUCUCUUGGUUAUUCCCCGAAAUAACCCCUCGGAUAAGCUACCCCCGGGUACACAAUCCAUCAUUUGGUGCUCUCGUUCAGAGGUCGAACAAUCAAGUAAGAAACCCUCCCCCUCAGAAAAACUUUCAUCGGAAUGGGAAGAACCACUCGUGCUCAGUCCAAGACCCUUAAAGACAACAACCUAGGCCCUCGGCGAGGUUGACGCCCCUGGAGCCUCCAACAGGGCUCCUGAGGGUGGAGUCAUCCCCGGGUUGGAACAGGCUACUGUCGAUCUACGUCUUCAGCUCCAGAGGAAUGCCCCCGAUGCCCACCUAGGCAUCGAAGCUCGAAGGAAGGACCGGAGCGAGAAUCAAGUGAGCCCUCCGGUCCUUACUAUCGACGUGCAGUCGGCAUUCUCUGCCUUCAUACAGACGCUCACCCAGAACCCUGGGGCCUUCGGCACUCUGGUGCCAUUUCAGCCACAGGUCGGGGAGAACAUCGUUCCUCCCCCACCUCCAUCCCCAUCGUAAACCCUAUCCUUCGGAUCGGGAACGACGAAGGGGUCGUCGCUCGGGAUACCGCCUCCCAGGAAGUUCAGUCCCGGGACCAGCACGGGGCGAAAAAAGAUAAGCCCCGGACCUCCACCCUUGAGAGGCUCGGAGGAGUGCAAGAUCGCCGAGGAGUCCAAGACCCCCUCGGUGGUAAGGCAUUCCAGAGACCUCAGGAGAGCGGAGGAUCCAUCUCGAGGGCCGACGAGAGGCGUCCCCCUCGGGACAAGGGCAAGGGAUUGCUCCAUGUUGAUGACGCCACGCACCAAAUCAACCAAGCUCACUCAGCCCGCGCACAAUCACGCGAGACGGAACCACUCCCGAAGGAUCACCAGGAUGACAUCAUAGAGGCCCUUCAACGCCGGCUUGAUGAGAUGGAGGCUCGCCAAGCGCACACAACCGCUUCUGACUCCCAUGCGGAUCCCAAAUAUGAGGCCAUGCUGGCCAAGAUGGAGGAAAUGCAAAGGAGGAUUGCUGAGGGCUCCAGGGAACCUGUCAUCCAGCUUCGGACAUGGACGCCUUUUACCCCAAGGGUGUUGACGGCCUAGAUUCCAGGAAAAUACCGAGGGCAACCCAUCAAGCCCUAUGACGGGAAGAAUGAUCCCCAGGAGCAUUACAGGAGGUACCAGAACAGUAUGAUGAUGAUGAUGGAGGCAUCAGAUGAAUAUUUAUGUCGUUGGUUCCUCUCCACCUUGGAAGGGCCAGCAUAUGAAUGGUUCAACCGAUUGCCCGAAGGGAGCAUUGACUCAUGGCAAGAACUCGCCCAGCGUUUCUUGACGCAAUUCACGAGGAGGCACCAAUCAAAGAAACACUUCUCCCACUUGCUGACGGUGAGGUAACAGAAGGAGGAAACCCUCCGGGAUUUCUUGGAACGCUGGAGGCUGGAGACGGAUAAGGUUGACGACACCGACGAUGGAACCAUUAUGGCUCUCUAGCAGGCAGUCCUCUGCAUCGGGAACUUUUUAAGGAGUCUUAUUAUCGAAUUGAACCUCCCCGCGAUUAUAUAAAGGCCCUACAACGGGGAGACCGAUACGCGGAGGCCGAGGAGGUUGAGAAAUGCCACCGAAACCCCGAACAACAACGCCCUAAGGCGGAUGACAGGAACCACCGGGGGUCAGGAGCUCCAUUCCACCAAUCCAAGGGACCGUUACCCUCCGGUGAUUGCCCCCAGCAUGGCCAAGCCAAGCACGGGGGAGGCUACAAAAACAAACCGAAGGCCUGGGCCCAGUCCGUUUUUCUGGAGCACACUCGGACCCCCUCUGACGCACCCCAUCAGCGUCAUUCUGGACUACGCCGAGGAGAGGGGGCUAGUGGAGCGAGAUUCUAGGGCGCCCCGGGAGGUAUACGCCAUCAACCCCAAGGAACCCUACUACCGUUUCCACCGGCACCCAGGCCACCAGACCGAUGACUACCACCAGCUGAAGGCAGCCAUCGAGAAGUUGAUAGAACGGGGUCACCUAUCCCAAUUCAUAAGGGGGUAUCCUCAUUAAGGCCCCCCUGCAAAAGCGAACGCCUGGGUCAAUCCAAACACCAUUCCCCUCGGCGACCCGAAGGGUAAGAAAAGGGAGAUUGGCAACCUCAGCGAGGAAGAGAGGUACAACCAGUGCCAAGAAAAGAAACGCCACAUCCACAUGAUCACCGACGGCAACACAAGUAGAGAUUCCACCAGCCAAAGAAAGAAGUGGGCACAAUCCCUUUACAUAGGGGAAAUCACUCAUAUGCCCCCCGUAAAGCAAUUGAGGGAGGAGCCCAUUAUAUUCACCAACGCCGACCUACCCCCGGGUUCCUCCCCCCACAGGGACGCGUUAGUGAUCCAGAGCAAGAUCAAUAACACCAUUGUCCACAAAACUUACGUUGACACAGGCAGUUCCGUUAACGUAAUGUACCUCAGCACGUUCAAAGAGCUGCAUCUGGAGAGGGAGUCCCAAUCGGCCCAUCCGGACCCCUCUGUUCGGCUUCACCGGAGACACCAUCGAUUCCGAGGGGGUAAUAUCCCCCCGUUACUUUUCGGUGACGGGCUCCAUAGAGCCAAGCUUGGAGUGGAGUUCGUCAUCGUCAACAUCGACUGCGCCCACAACAUUAUCCUCGGCCGGCCUGCCUCGAGGAUCUGGAGGCAGUUGAUAGAGUAAUUGUUUAGAGAGAAGUGCAGUAAAUGCUUCAAUUAAUGAUUUUUUCAACCCCUACAACUACUCCCAAAUGGAGUAUUUAUAGAGAAAAUGUGGGCCGGGCUCCCAAGUCUUGGGCUUGGGAGGCCCAUCUACAACUGGACCACUACUGGGCCGAAUACAAGAUAUGUAGAAAUGACUAAGUAUGAAAUCAUGUUCUGUGAGUUCUCCGUGGCCGAUGAGGGCGUGGCCGACGGAGACCCGGCCGACGGGGGCACCAGGUUCUCCUGGCUUCUGGACCAUAUUCUGGGUUGAUGUCUCCCUGGCCGAUGGAGGCAUGGCCGACGGAGACCCUACUAGGUGACGGUUGUGCCUUCUGCUCUUCUGGGUAUGUGGGUCCUGGGGCCUGGACCCAUAUACUCCAUCAGCAGUCAUCUCCAUGAAACACUUAUGCCUCAAAUUCCCAGCUGAAGGGGGCAUCGGGUACUCAAGGGGGAACCAGAAGCUCUCACGCGCCUGCUACCUCCAAAUAACAAAGAAGGUUAGUAAGGCUGAGUUCCGUGUAGACACCAUCACCGGAUCAAUAGAAGAGGAAGAGAAGAGGCCGAGGGCAGAACCAGCUGAGGAGGUAGAAGACUUUGCGCUCGACCCAACCAAGCCGGAGAGAGUCAUAAAGAUUGGAGCCAAGCUCCCCGAAGACCUGAAGAAUGGCAUCACAGAAGCCCUUCGCGCCUACUCCGUUGUUUUUGCAUGGGGGCCGGAGGACAUGCCUGGCAUCAGCCGAAGGGUAAUCACUGAUCGCCUGGCGGUGGACCCUUCCUCAAAACCUGUGCAGCAGAGAAGAAGGCCCCUCUCGGCCGAAAAGAGGGACUUCGUGAAGAAGGAAGUCGCUAUGCUCCUCUCCAUCAAACACAUCAGGGAGGUAAAAUACCCUUCAUGGCUAGCUAAUGUGGUCCUAGCGCAAAAACCACCCUCCUUCCGCAUGUGCGUGGAUUACACAGACCUGAAUAAGGCCUGUCCUGUGGACCCCUUCCCCCUGUCUAACAUUGAUCAACUGGUAGAUGAAACGACGGGCUGCGAAAUCAUUUCAUUCCUCGACGCUUUUCGCGGAUACCACCACAUCUUCAUGCACGAUGAAGAUGCCGAGAAAACGGCCUUCAUGACUCCCGAGGGCAUCUUCUACUAUCUGGUUAUGGCCUUCGGCUUGAAGAAUUUCGGCGCUACUUACACCCGGAUGGUGGCCAGAGUCUUUCAAGCCGUCCUAGGACACACCAUGGAGGAUUACGUCGACGACAUGAUCGUCAAGAGCAAGCGGUCAACCAGCCAUGCCGGGGACCUCCGAGAAAUCUUCUCCAUCAUGCAAAAAUUCAAUCUCCGGCUGAGCCCGAAGAAAUGCACCUUCGGCGUGCAAGGAGGCAAGUUUCUGGGCUACAUGGUAAGCCAAAGGGGUAUUGAGGCCAACCCCGAGAAAAUCCAGGUCAUCAUCAACAUGGAGCCUCCGCGCAACGUCAAAGAAGUCCAGAGGUUGACGGGCCGUUUGGCAUCCCUCAACCGCUUCCUAUCCAAAUCAGCAGAGAAGGCCCUUCCCUUCUUCCAAGUAAUGAGAAAGACCGCCGGCUUCGAAUGGACUACUGAGUGCCAAGUAACCUUUGAAGAAUUGAAAGAGUACUUAUCUUCACCCUCUGUGCUCUCCAAGCCCAAGGUGGGGGGACAUUAUACCUUUAUCUUGGCGUUAGCCCCACGGCCAUCAGCUCAGUUCUGAUCCGGGAGGAAGACGACAUUCAACACGCCAUCUUCUAUGUCAGCAAGACCCUCAGGGAAGCAGAACUCAGGUACUCUCCCGUGGAGAAAACAGUAUUAGCUAUCGUUUGGAGCGUCAAGAAGCUGAGCCAUUACUUCCAAGCCCAUCCGGUCCAGGUCCUCACACAUCAACCCCUCAGCGCAUUGAUGAGGAGCCCCACCGUCUCUUCUCGAAUGGUGAAAUGGGCUAUCUUCCUUAGCCAAUACAACAUAGAUGGUGUGUAGCAUAUAAUGGGCACACAACUAUUUUUUUUACCCAAGGAAGUAGGGUGUCGAACCACAGAGAAGCGGGAAAUAAAAUAAUUAAGCACAAACUAAGGAUUAAAGUUGGGAAUGCGUUUCUUUUGAUUUUUGUUUACUUGGAAAAGUAAUUAAAUAAAAGUGAUUGAGAGAAGAGACUUUUAUCAACACAAAGUUCAACCAAUAGCAAGUAGGGGUAGAAAUUGGCAACUAAUUGUUUAAUGCUCAUUUGUAAGACAUAAUUGCUAAUUUUAUUCUUAGAUAGAUUGUGAGAAGUUGUAGAUAAAUAUUUUAGGACCCAACACAAGUCACCUAAAAUAAGUAACUAGUCAACAUUUCCCAGUGAUGGCCAAAACGAGACUAGUUGUUUAAGUGCAACGACAACCUUAAUUAUUAACUAUAUUAUUUACCCAACCCCGUGGUGUAAAUAAUAUAAUUAAAUAAUUAAAUUCUCCCGUAAAACUUCAAUCCGGGACAAGGUAAAAGAAGUUUAACGGUGUGUUCAGAAAGUGUUCAUUUGUGCAUUUAACAAACAAUAUGUUUAUGAUUGAGUACUCAUAAUAUAUAUCAUAAACACAACAUAAUUAAGUUUUUGGACACAACAAUCUAAAUAGAAUAAACUUAACAAUUAAAAUCAAUACAAAUUAAAACAUUAUAAGAACAAUUAAUUAACCAAUUUCUAGCCCCAAAUUUAUUUAGCUAUACAUGUUGGGAAACAUAGAAAUAGAUGAAUCCAUGAUUAAAGUACAAGAUUUAAUGAGAUAAGGAAGAUCAAACUUGUGAUUGAUGACAAUCCUUGGAGCUUUGAUGCUAAUCUUGACUUAAUCUUGGAUGAGAAAGUGAUUAGUUAUGGUUGAAGAUGGGUUGAUGAUUUGGGGUUGAGAAAUGAAGAGAGAAGGAGGAGGAAAUGUUUCUGGGAUGUUUAGAGAGAGGUUGGUCCGAGCUUAUGUGUGGAGGAAGAUGGAUUAAGGCAAUAUAAUGAUAAGGUGAUUAAUCAUUAAUUGCUGGGAUUUACGGAACAGAUGAGUUUAUGUAUAACAAAGCGCAGUAAAGUUUCAACAGUGGCAGGUAGCUCAACGGAUAAGCCCUUCAGGGGAAAACUCGGAGAUUGUGGGAUCGAUUCUCGGCUUCAACAUUUUGUUCUUUUCUUUGCCGCGUUCAGAAGGAAUAUAACAAUUGCCAGCUGAAUAUGUACAACAUUGAUCACUUAGCACACUGGUUGUAGUAGGCAUUCUUCUACCUUUUCUAUAGGGAUCGAAUCCCAGCUCCAUCAUUUUUAUUUUUUGCUUCUUUUCUUCAAUUUACUCCUUAUUUGUUUUGAAGAAAAUUCCACUUUUAUUGACUUCCAACUUGAACUUUUAUUUUCUUCUUUUGUUCACUCUAAUGUAUCCAAAUAGCAUCAAAAGUACCUGAAAAUACAAAAUACCCGUGUAGGGACUGCACAAGUACAAACUAACGACAAAUUAUAAAAAUAUGUACAAAAGUAGAAUUUUAAUAACUAAAAUUAAUAACAAACUAAGCCUAAAAAGUGUGUAAAAUAUAAGUACAUCAAAUCCCCCACACUUAGGCUUUUGCUUGUCCUCAAGUAAAACAAACAACAAACACAAAAAUAUACAUAAUUUUGUAAAAUUUACAAACAUAACUAAACAAAUCACUCAUACAUCUCUAAUGUCCACUAAACGGUCCAAUACCCUGAAAUGUCACAAAAUAACGCAAUGAGAGUAAACUGAGUAUUUGUGCCUAUCACUAAGAUUUUCAAAUCAAACUUUUAACACAAACACCUAUAGAUCUAAAUUAGUUCGUGUUAUGCAGAACAAGUUUCUCCAAUCCGCUAAAUUCAAAAAAUGACACAAAUAGAUCAAUUAGGACUUUUUUCGGUGAGUGGCGAGAUUAAUGAGUGUGGCUAGUUGGAAGGAAAGUUUGGUGUAAGAAUAUACAGAGAGAGUUAGAUUGUACUAAUAGUGAGCGGAUCAUCACAAGAAUUUACAAAAACUUGGAGCAUACAAAACAAUGAGAAAUAUAAACAUGAAAAGUAAAAAAAUGGGGUUUUACAAAAGAAAUUACAACAAGAAUUUAAUGUGCCUCUUUGUUUUUUUUUUUGUUUUUUUUUUCUUUUUUUUUCAAUUUUUCUUCUUUUUUUUUCUUUCUUUUUUUUUGAUUUUUUUUUCAAAGAGGGCACACACUGAACAUUUCAAUGAAAAAUUAACCCCAAAAUUUACAAACAAAUAUGUACUUCACUCAUAUGACACUUAAUAGUAGCUCCAUUUAUUCGCUCACAAGUAACAAGACAAUCUACUCUAGGAUUAGAAAAGAUUAACUUUGGAUAGGGCUUCAGAAGGUUAUGUAUUUACAAGGUUACAAAAAAAAGAAUUAGUAACAAGUGAAGUAAGAUAUUUUACACUUGUACACUGAAAGGGUGAAACGGGGUUACUAGGGAAAGUGUUAUUUAUUUACAAAGGGAUACUGUUUGGCUUCAUGGGUAAACAAAGAUGGCCUAAAUCAUUUCUAAAUGUGUCAAGUUCAAAUAAAAUUUCAAGGAGAAUAAAUGUAUGAACAUCUUAAUCUGCAUAAACUUUCACUAAGUCAACUAUUAACCAAUAAAUUGGAAAAAUAAAAUCUAAGGUGUUUAAUGUUAAAGUGUUAAAAAGAAUCAAGUUCAAAGCUAAUACUAAGUUACUCUCAAAAAAUUAUAGUGACACUUCUCAAACUCAAACCACAUUUCGUCAAAAGAGGUGAAUGAAUAGUUUUAAAAAGUUAUGGAAGUAACUAGUAACAAAAAGUGUAAACUAAUGUGUUGUUUGUCUAUUGUUGUAUUUUGGACAAGACUGGUCUUUACUUUUCUAAACAAACACACAAAAUAAAAAUAAAAGAAAAUAAAAUCACACAAACAAGCAAGGGAAAAAAAAAUCACACAAGAAAUCAGGGUCAAACUAUCCACUCCCCCACACUUAAAAUUUGCACUGUCCUCAGUGGAAAAAAAUUUAAAGGAGUGUAAAGAAAACUUCCCUGAAGUUCGGACGGAUGAUGUUGAGAUGUCUUUUCGAGCGGAUGUGGCCCCUUUAGAGUCCAAAAAAAAACCUAGACAUUAUUUUCUUCUUUUUCUUUUUUUUUUUGCUUUUUUUUUGUUUUUUUUUUGAAAUUUACAAACUUGGGUUGCCUCCCAAGAAGCGCUCGUUUAAGGUCAUUAGCUUGACCCAUGCCUCUUCAUUCAUAUUUCGGAUCAGUGAGGCAAUACACAGAAGUUGCCUCUUGUCUCUCACCAUCAUGGUAUAGUUUCAACCGUUGUCCAUUUACCAUGAGUUUUUGGCCGCUUUUGUUUAACAACUGGACUGCUCCGGAUGGAAAUGCUUCAAGUACUUCAAAUGGACCCAACCAUCGGGUCUUUAGCUUUCCGGGAAAGAAUUUGUAACGUGAGUUAAAUAGAAGAACUUUAUCUCCCCGUUCAAAUUUUCUUCGGCUGAUCACUCGGUCAUGCAAAACUUUUGUUCUCUCCUUAUAGAGUUUUGAGCUAUCAUAAGCUGCAAGUCUGAAUUCUUCAAGUUCAUUUAGCUGCAACAGUCGUUUCUCACCCGCCAAUGCAAGAUCCAUGUUGAGUGUCUUGAUUGCCCAAUAUGCUUUGUGUUCAACCUCAACAGGAAGGUGACAUGCUUUCCCAUACACCAAUUUGAAUGGUGAGGUGCCGAUGGGAUUUUUGUAAGCAGUGCGAUAUGCCCAUAGUGCAUCAUCAAGCUUUUCGGCCCAAUCCUUUCGGGAAGGAUUAACAACUUUCUCGAGAAUUGUUUUGAUCUCUCGGUUUGAAAGUUCCACUUGGCCAUUUGUUUGCGGGUGGUAUGGAGUUGAGAGUCGGUGGUGAAUCCCAUAUUUGGAAAGGACACGUUCCAAUGCUUUGUUACAAAAAUGAGUACCAUUGUCGGUGAUGAAAGAUCGUGGAACUCUGAAUCGGGAGAAAAUAUUUUUCUGAAUGAAUUGGAUCACCACUUUGGCAUCAUUUGUCUGUGUGGCAGCUGCUUCUACCCAUUUAGAAACAUAAUCAACAGCUACAAGGAUGAACUCUUUCCCAUUUGAUUUUGGAAAUGGCCCCAUAAAAUCGAGCCCCCACACGUCAAACAAUUCGACUUCAAGUAUGCCAUGUUGAGGCAUUUCAUUCUUUCUUCCAAUAUUGCCGGUACGUUGGCAACGAUCACAGUUUUUCACAAAUUUGCUUGCAUCUUUGAAAAUAGUGGGCCAAAAGAAACCUGAUUGUAAAAUCUUUGCAGCAGUACGAGAGCUUCCAUGAUGUCCCCCAUAUGGUGAGGAAUGACAAUGGUGCAAGACAUUUGAAACUUCAUCUUCGGGCAAACACCGUCGAAUGACUCCAUCGGCACACCUUCUAUAGAGAAAAGGUUCUGCCCAAUGAUAGUAGCGGGAGUCAUAUUUUAACUUCUUCUUUUCAGUAUGUGUAGCACCAUGUGGAAUUACCCCAUGAGAAAGGUAAUUUGCAAUAUCGGCAAACCAUGGAUCAAAAUUUUGAGCAGUCAUAAGUUGUUCCCCAAUGAAAUAAUCAUUGAUUGGCAUCUUGGUAUCACAAGGAAUCUCAAGUCGAGAUAAAUGAUCGGCAACAACAUUUUCAGAUCCUUUUCUAUCACGGAUUUCCAUGUCAAACUCUUGUAGUAACAAAUCCACCGCAACAACCUCGGUUUUGCAUCUUUUUUGUUGAUGAGGUAUUUGAUAGCCGCAUGGUCGGUAUAGACAAUAAUCUUGCUACCGAUAAGGUAAGAUCGGAAUUUUUCAAUGGCAAAAAUUAUGGCAAGGAACUCUUUUUCAGUUGUGGCAUAAUUUGAUUGGGCAUCAUCAAGAGUAUGACUUGCAUAAUAAAUGGCAUAUACUUCUUUGCCUUUGCGUUGACCCAGAAUGGCUCCCACGGCAUAAUCGCUUGCAUCACACAUGAGUUCAAAAGGAAGACUCCAAUCAGGUGGCCGAAUAAUUGGUGCAGUAGUUAAGGCCAACUUGAGUUUUGAAAAUGCGGCGCAGCAAGAUUCAUCAAAAUUAAACUUCACAUCUUUUGAGAGAAGAUUGGUUAAAGGCUUUGAUAUUUUUGAAAAAUCCUUGAUAAACCGUCGAUAAAAUCCCGCAUGGCCAAGAAAACUGCGAAUCCCCUUGAUGGAAGAAGGGGGUGGCAAUUUAUCAAUUACUUCUAUCUUUGCCGGGUCUACUUCAAUGCCCUUUUCAGAAAUUUUGUGCCCAAGCACAAUGCCUUCGGUUGCCAUGAAAUGACAUUUUUCCCAGUUGAGGACAAGAUUUGCUUCUUCACAUUUGCUCAGCACUUUAUCAAGAUGUUCAAGACAAUCAUCAAAUGAAAUCCCAUAAACCGAGAAAUCAUCCAUAAAAACUUCCAUAAUUUCCUCGACAAGAUCCGAGAAAAUAGCUAGCAUACAUCUUUGAAAGGUUCCUGGUGCAUUACAUAAUCCAAACGGCAUUCUGCGAUAUGCAAAAGUACCAUAAGGACAUGUAAAUGUCGUCAUUUCUUGAUCAUCCGGAUGAAUUGGGAUUUGGAAAAAUCCAGAGAAUCCGUCAAGAAAACAGAAAUAUUUGUGCUUAGCCAUCCUCUCCAGCAAUUGAUCAAUAAAGGGAAGUGGAAAAUGAUCUUUCCGGGUAGCCUUGUUUAGCUUGCGGUAAUCAAUGCACAUGCGCCAUCCAGUGACUAUUCGUGUAGGAAUCAGCUCGUUUUUGUCAUUCUUUACAACAGUAAUUCCUCCUUUCUUUGGCACCACAUGGAUAGGACUUACCCAUUUACUGUCCGAAAUGGGGAAAAUGAUACCCGAACUCAAUAGUUUAAGAAUUUCUUUUUUAACAACAUCUUUCAUGUUCGGGUUGAGGCGUCUUUGGUGCUCAAUGCUCGGCUUGUGAUCAUCCUCCAAGUAAAUGCGGUGCAUGCAAUAAGAUGCCUUUAUGCCAACAAUAUCAUCAAUGGUGUAGCCAAUAACUCUGCGAUGGCUUCGUAAGACUUGCAAUAUUCUUUCCACUUGUUGAAGAUCUAAAUCAGCAUUCACAAUGACAGGAUAAGUGGAAUUCGGGCCAAGAAAAGCAUAUUUUAAAGUAGAUGGAAGUGGUUUGAGUUCUACUUCAGGUGCUUUUCCUUUGACAUUCAAGGAUUGAUCUUCAAGAUUAAGCACUUCAAAUUUAAGUGCUUUAGGCAUCGGUAAAGAUAUGCUUUGCAACAUUUCGAGACAUAAAUUCACCAUUUCAUUGGCUUGCUCAUCUGCAAUAGAUUCUCGUAUAGUGUACUCCAUGGGAUCUUUAGAAAGCCAAUAAGACUUAUCAAAUGUCUUUAUGAUACAAGAGUCUAUAACAUCAGCAUAGUAACCAUCAAGGACACAAGGUGUAUCCUUACUCAGCUCUUGUACAUUGAAUUCGAUCUUAUCAUCCCCAAUCUCAAGGAUAAGGGUACCCUUUUUUACGUUGAUAAUUGCUCCUGCCGUAGCUAGAAAGGGUCUCCCGAGAAUAACAGGAACUCGAGCAUCUUCCUCCAUAUCCAAGACAACAAAGUCUCCCGGGAUAUAAUACUUGUCAAUUUUGACAGGAACAUCUUCAAGAAUGCCGAUAGGAUAUUUGACAGAUCGAUCAGCCAAUUGUAACGCCAUUGUUGUUGGUUUGGGAUCCCCCAAGUGUAGCUUUUGACAUAGUGAAUAGGGAAUUAAGCUAACACUUGCACCAAGAUCACAAAGAGCUUUGUUAACUUUAGAUCCACCAAUGAUACAUGGAAUUGAGAAGCUUCCAGGAUCACGUAACUUGGGUGUAAUUUUGUUUUGGAUUAUGCCACUACAUUCUUGGCUCAUUGCAACAGUGGCUGGAUUCUCCUUCUUCUUUGUGAGAAUAUCUUUGAGAAAUUUAGCAUAUGAAGGAAUUUCUGUAAUGGCAUCAAGCAAUGGAAUUGAGAUAUCCAACUGUUUGAUAACAUUCAAAAAUUUAGUUCUCCGCUCCUCCAUAUUAGCUUUCUUCAAUCUGUUCGGAUAAGGAACUGGGGGAAUAUAUUUCCUUACCGAACUGUUUUUUUCUUUCUUCGACCCUUCACGAUCAUCAGAUGAUUUCGGCAUGGUACCGACAUCAAGUUCAUUGUUGUUGUUUCCACCUUUCUGUUGUUGCUCGGCCCUUUCCUCCAACACUUCAUGUUCUUGUUCAUCAUUAGAACGGGGCGAGGAUUGAUGUUGUUUCCCACUCCGAGUAGUGACGACAUUGAUUUGCUCCCUCGGGUUUUCAGGACAAGCAGGAAGCUUACCUGUCACCUUAGUUGAUGAUGUGGAUGCUUGAUUAGCAAUUUGAUUCUCAAGCAUCUUGUUGUGAGCUCGAAGUUGACCAAGUUCUUCGGUGAUUUGUUUCAGGGUUUCAGCUUGAGAUAAUUGGGACUUGAGAAGUUGGUCAACAAUGUUUUCUAGGACAGGAGUUUGGGUUGUUUCAGGAGUGGGGAGAAGUGGUUUUUGCUGUUGAGUUGAAGGGUAUAGAAGAUUUUGAGUGGGUUUAUAGUGUUGCUGGUUCACAAUACCUUGGCCACCUCUGACUUGCUGUUGUUGGUUUUGGAAACCGGGUGGUGCACUCCGAUAAGAUGGUUGUGGAUUAGCAGCUCCAUUUUGAUUGCUCCAGGAAAACCGGGAUGGUUUCUUCCUUGAGGAUUGAAAUUACCAAAUUGAUUUUGUUGAGGCUGCCUGUUGUAGUUGACAUAGUCAACUUGUUCCAUUGCUUCCCAUGGACAAGUAGACUGAUUGUGUUGUCCACCGCAAGAUUCACACAUAAGAAUGGGAAUGGGAGCUGGAGUUGAUGUUGAGUUUUGCACAAGAGAGACUUGUGCCAUCUUUUGGAUAAGAUUCAUCAUGCUAUCGACCUUUGUGGUUAUGGCCGACAUUUGAUCAACUUCAUACAUGCCUCCAAUUUUGGGUGGAGCAGAUGAUCGCUCAGAAUAUCAUGUUGAUCCAUUUGAUGAAAUACGCUCCAUCAAUUCUUCUGCCUCUUCAAGUUCCAGGCACAUGAAUGAUCCAUUUGCUGACGCGUCCACGAGUAUCCGAGAAUUUUCAUGUAGGCCUUCAUAGAAAGCCGUCAUCAAGUGCCAGUUUUGGAUGUUAUGAUGUGGACACUGUCGCUGAAGAUCUUUGAAUCUUUCCCAAGCCUCGUAGAGGGGCUCAUUGGGAUUUUGUUUGAAAUUUUGAAUCAUUCUUCGGAUUUUCGCCGUUUUAGAUGGCGGGAAAAAUCUUUUGAGAAAUUCACCAUGAAGUUGAUCCCAAGUGGAGAAGUGAUUAUCCGGAAAAGAGUCAAGCCAACUCUGAGCUCGAUCCCGUAGAGAGAAUGGGAACAGGCGUAGUCUGACAGCAUCAGUUGGCACACCAUUGAUUUUGAAGGUGUUGCAAGCUCGAAGGAACUUUGUGAUGUGAUUAUUUGGAUCCUCCGUUGGCGCUCCGCCAAAUUGAGUAUUUGAAACCAUAUGAAUGAUACCAGGCUUGAUUUCAAAGUGAUUCAUGUUAACCUCUGGUGGAAUAACACUGUCAUGCUCAUCCACGGGAGGCGUAACAUAAUCAUACAGCGGUUUUCUGGUCCUCAUAACCUGAUCCACGAUUUGUUGAUCGGGUACCUGCUCAUUAACAACAAUAUCGUUUGACAUUUUUUUUAUUUUUUUCUGUUCACGUAUGUGCUUUUCAAUGUCAGAGAAGAAUAACAAUUCACAAUUCGCACCACGUGAACGUGUGAGCAUAAGCAGAAGGGAAUUGGGAUUGGGGAAAGAGAGAGAGAGAGAGAGAGAGAGAGAUGAAAAGAAAAAAUAAAUGCAGAAUUAUUAAUUAAUUAAGGUUCGCACGUAGUCAAUUGGUAUAAACCGAAUAAGACUAGUGAGCCCUUAAAGCAGUAUGAAUAUAUACAGUAAUUCACCAGGAUGCGGCUAGGCCGACAGAUAUGGUGAUUUGAGGGAAGAAAAAAAAAUAGCUACAGUAAUAAAUACAGUCUCCACCAAGAUGCAGCUAUGCCGACAGUCUGGGGAUUAUUAAGAAAAUAAAAAUAAAAAUAAAAAGUGCACUCCACCAACAAGUGGACACGGCCUACAAGCUUGGGGAUGCAAAAUUUAAAAAAAAAUGCUGAAAUUAAAGUGCGGAAAUUAAAUUGCGAUAAUAUAAGUGCACAAAUUAAAUUGCGAUAAUUAAAGUGCAGAAAUUAAAAAGUUGGGGUUUGAACCACCAUAAAAAGAAAAAUAAACGGUCCGACCAUAUAGGCGGAGUAUCCUUUGAAUUAUAAUGUACAAGUAAGCGGUCCGACCAUAUAGGCGGAGUAUCCUUUUAAUUAAAAUGUAAAAAUAUGUUCAAUGGUCUGAAUGUCCAGAUAUGUUCAGUCAACAAGUCCAACUCCAAUGCUCAGGUAAGAUGAUUAAUCACAGUCCUUUUUUUUUUUUUUUUUGAUUUUUUUUUGAACUUUAAUUAAUCACUUUUUUUUAACCUGCAAAGGUAAAAAGAUAACAACAGAAUAAUAUACACACAAUUUACAAUAACUAAAAUCGAAAGUUUAUGCUCUCAAUUUUUUUUUCAAAACCGCUUCCCCGGCAACGGCGCCAAGUUGGUGUGUAGCAUAUAAUGGGCACACAACUAUUUUUUUUACCCAAGGAAGUAGGGUGUCGAACCACAGAGAAGCGGGAAAUAAAAUAAUUAAGCACAAACUAAGGAUUAAAGUUGGGAAUGCGUUUCUUUUGAUUUUUGUUUACUUGGAAAAGUAAUUAAAUAAAAGUGAUUGAGAGAAGAGACUUUUAUCAACACAAAGUUCAACCAAUAGCAAGUAGGGGUAGAAAUUGGCAACUAAUUGUUUAAUGCUCAUUUGUAAGACAUAAUUGCUAAUUUUAUUCUUAGAUAGAUUGUGAGAAGUUGUAGAUAAAUAUUUUAGGACCCAACACAAGUCACCUAAAAUAAGUAACUAGUCAACAUUUCCCAGUGAUGGCCAAAACGAGACUAGUUGUUUAAGUGCAACGACAACCUUAAUUAUUAACUAUAUUAUUUACCCAACCCCGUGGUGUAAAUAAUAUAAUUAAAUAAUUAAAUUCUCCCGUAAAACUUCAAUCCGGGACAAGGUAAAAGAAGUUUAACGGUGUGUUCAGAAAGUGUUCAUUUGUGUAUUUAACAAACAAUAUGUUUAUGAUUGAGUACUCAUAAUAUAUAUCAUAAACACAACAUAAUUAAGUUUUUGGACACAACAAUCUAAAUAGAAUAAACUUAACAAUUAAAAUCAAUACAAAUUAAAACAUUAUAAGAACAAUUAAUUAACCAAUUUCUAGCCCCAAAUUUAUUUAGCUAUACAUGUUGGGAAACAUAGAAAUAGAUGAAUCCAUGAUUAAAGUACAAGAUUUAAUGAGAUAAGGAAGAUCAAACUUGUGAUUGAUGACAAUCCUUGGAGCUUUGAUGCUAAUCUUGACUUAAUCUUGGAUGAGAAAGUGAUUAGUUAUGGUUGAAGAUGGGUUGAUGAUUUGGGGUUGAGAAAUGAAGAGAGAAGGAGGAGGAAAUGUUUCUGGGAUGUUUAGAGAGAGGUUGGUCCGAGCUUAUGUGUGGAGGAAGAUGGAUUAAGGCAAUAUAAUGAUAAGGUGAUUAAUCAUUAAUUGCUGGGAUUUACGGAACAGAUGAGUUUAUGUAUAACAAAGCGCAGUAAAGUUUCAACAGUGGCAGGUAGCUCAACGGAUAAGCACUUCAGGGGAAAACUCGGAGAUUGUGGGAUCGAUUCUCGGCUUCAACAUUUUGUUCUUUUCUUUACCGCGUUCAGAAGGAAUAUAACAAUUGCCAGCUGAAUAUGUACAACAUUGAUUUCUUAGCACACUGGUUGUAGUAGGCAUUCUUCUACCUUUUCUACAGGGAUCGAAUCGCAGCUCCAUCAUUUUUAUUUUUUGCUUCUUUUCUUCAAUUUACUCCUUAUUUGUUUUGAAGAAAAUUCCACUUUUAUUGACUUCCAACUUGAACUUUUAUUUUCUUCUUUUGUUCACUCUAAUGUAUCCAAAUAGCAUCAAAAGUACCUGAAAAUACAAAAUACCCGUGUAGGGACUGCACAAG